AUGAGAAUUCUCACAAAACCGACCUCAUUAAGAUCAAUCACCCCACUGCGUUUAUCUUUGAGACGUCAAUCUACUAGUGUUAAUACUCUAAAUAAAAAUGAAUUGCCCUUCACCCAUACUUCAACGGGACCAAAAGAAGUCAAAUACACAGCUGAUCAUGAAUGGAUAUCGUUACAUCCAGAUGGUACGGCCUUCCUCGGAAUCACAAAAUAUGCUUCUGAUGCGUUAGGUGAUGCUACUUACAUCGAACUACCGGAGGUUGAUAGAGAAAUUGAUGCUAAUGAGUCAAUUGGGUCUGUAGAGUCUGUCAAGUCUGCUUCAGAGGUCUACAUGCCUUUAAAAAGUACUGUCACUGGAAUCAACGAAGAAUUAGAAAAUACUCCACAACUAAUCAAUACGGAUCCACAAGGUAAAGGUUGGAUGGUUAAGUUUCAAGUUGAAGAAUCUGAAAAUAAUGGGAAAAUUAUGAAUGAAUUAUACACUUUAGAACAGUACGAGAAUUUCUUGAAAACUGCUGAAGAAUAA